UCAAAUGAGCAGGACCGCCAGACCGGCUAUGCAUUUGAUACUCAGUGAGCGAGGGGGACAGGUCAGUUCACAAUAUCAGGUCGGCACAAUAUCAGGACUUACACCUUUUUACCAGGACACAUUUCUCAAGAGGCGGUCCCUUUGAUGUGGGUAUCGUUUACCCUGAUGUAACCUGGUCAAACACAUCGAUAAUCUAUUAUGAGAUUUGAAGCGAUUUUGAUAAAUCGAAAUCUUUGAAUUCACCGAUUUUUAAUACUGGGGAGAUUAUCUCGAGAUAAUUAUACUUCCUUAUACGGCACAUCUUCGUUAAAUAUCGCGAAGUUUAACUCACGUGGAAGGCCUUCCUAAAUAACCAAAGUGUUGUCGAAAGGGAAUUUGAGCCCGACGGGGACGGAGGGCCUACAGAUGUUGGACUACUGUGGAGUUUCGGAGGGGUCUACGGCAGGGUAUCAAAACCCUAGCCCUACGGCCAUGGCCUCCCUUCUCAAUCACGUUAAUAUGAACAUGGACAAUUCUCGGCAAAGUGCAUUCGUGUUGAGUAGCCCUCCUUUGGCCGCCCUCCACAACAUGACGGAGAUGAAAGUUCCGGCAACGACGGCCAUGCUCACUCAGACUUCUCCAUACACCCAGGCGUCGAUCAAACAGACUCUUAGCUCUCCCUCCACCCCACAUGGGAUCCAAGACAUCUUGAGUAGAGGUUCUCAACUUAUGCAGUUACAGCAGCUAGGAGCUUUACAAAGGGUAAACGCGGGGAUGUAUUUCAACCCACAGGCUCGGUUUUCUAAACCCUUGGCGGAGUUGCCUGGACGGACACCCAUAUAUUGGCCCGGGAUUAUGCAGAGUCCAGCAUGGCGGCCUCCAGGCAACAGAUCACUAGAAGACUAUGGACUUAGCCAAUUAUCACAAGGACAAAUGGGACUAGAUAAAGAUGGCAAACGAAAACAUACACGACCAACGUUCUCAGGACAGCAGAUAUUCGCUUUAGAAAAGACAUUCGAACAAACAAAAUAUUUAGCGGGGCCUGAAAGGGCGAGAUUAGCUUAUGCACUGGGCAUGUCAGAAAGUCAAGUCAAGGUCUGGUUCCAAAACAGAAGAACAAAAUGGCGGAAACGACACGCAGCUGAAAUGGCCACGGCCAAAAAGAAACAACAGGAACGUGCAGACGAGAUGGACGAUAUUUCGGGUGAUGAGGAUGACUCUGAAAAUAGUCGAGGACUAAACACAUCGAGUUUAUCAUUAUCACCAGCAAACUGUUGAAUAGAUGCGUAGAAUAUUUAUUGAAAAUAGUACUUGACGAAUUCAGAUCGAGACUGAAUAUAUGCAGUGCGCCAUAUUUGGUCAAUUCAACAACAUUGCGACAUCAAUCUUCCGAAACGACAAUGCACGUAGACUGAUAUUGUCGAAUGGAAUAUGAAAUCUCCCAAAAACAUUCGAGUGUAAACCAUGACAGAUGCCAAAGGACUUUCUAAGAGACCGCCAAAACUUGCCAAAUAUGAACCUCAUGACUUUCAUUCAGUCUUCAAAUAAUUUAUCUAUUAUUUGAACGAAAAUAUAUUGGCAUUCUGGCGGAUAAAUUGUGUAAAUGGAAUGAGGUUUUUUCUGUCGAUUGUCAACUGCUGUACCUUGGAUGCAAUAUAAUGUAAACUAUAAACUCUGGUCUCUCGAACCAUGUGUGUUCAUAAUCUCUAUAAUCGUUUUUGAAAGUAUCACCGGAAGCACAGAUGUGUGUCCGUGCCGGAAGUGAUUGCAAAGUUCUUAUAUUUUAGUUAAGAUCUUAAUGAAAAUAUUCAGUUUCGUUUUCAUAUACAUGUAAGUUCGUCAGAAGGUUUUUGUUAGAUACUUAGUCAAGAAUAAGAUCUUAACAGAGAUCUUAAAUAAGGAUCUUACAAAAAUCUUGUAACGGGUGUACAUGCACAUACGUACAUGAUUACCUGCACAUGUACACGAAACUACUCGCUUACGAAACCGAAUAAAAUCUUGACUACAUAUGAUAAUCUUAUAAAUAAUCUUAAGGACUUUCGACCCGGGCUUGCUUGCAGAACUCGAUAAGCUCUUUUACUACUUAAGGAUCUUUCGAAGAUGGACUCUCCGAUGAUUAGACAUAACGACAUUCAUAUUCGUCUGAACCUCUCAGAAUGCAUUUGCGUUUCCGUUAUUGCUGUAAACUUUCCUGCUUUGUUUAUUUUUCUUCAACAAUGAUAUGUAAACCCUUACAUUUUCGCGCCUAUUCGCGAACAUUUCUGAAGAGAAAAAAAAUUUCACGAUUUUAUUUUGGUGGACGACAAAAUUUAUUUCCUGAAUUUGAAUUUUAUUUUUUUUAAAUUCGCGAUUUUUAUUUUCGCGAGUUGAGAUUAUCCGUAAAAUCAGCGAAAAAUGAAAUGCUCGCGAAAAUUCGGCUGUUUACAAUGUUUGUGUGAGUAAAAUCUGUUACUUCAUAUUUCACAGGUGAUUGCCUGGGCAAUGGUGAGGGCUAUGCUGUAGCAUCACUGGUAAUAAGUCACAAUUUAUUUCAUAAGUGAUGAGUUUUACAGUAAUUCUUGAUCAGAACAACAUUGAUUUGUUCAACUGCACUGAACUGUUAUAUACCAAUUGUAAAUAGUCCUAAAGGCAUCUGUAUGUGUAAAUAUUAUAUUAUAAAGAUGUUAUUUUCUGUGGUCUGCGAACCUAGGUGUCUGGGUGAUAUAAAAGACGAAUCUUCCCCUGAUAACCGGGCAACAUGUCACAACAUGUGCUUCCUUGACAGAUGCACUGGGGGAAACACAGCAAACCUUUUAUCAUCGUCCCAAAUGUUUUGAAAAGCAGAUCAAGGAGCAGAAUAUGGUUUCUUCCAAUUGCAACAAAUCUUUCGUAGGAGCAUGUAUCCUCCCAACUCAUCUCAGCCCAAUGAUCUUCACAGCAUAGCGAUUAAUCGUUCUUGGUAAACGGGCAACACGUACGAUAUCGUCCUGCUAUAAAAAAGACUUUAAAGCACACAGAAGAGGGAGCAUAACCCCUUCGUCCAGCCAAGGUAGUAUGUGUACCGGCCGCCUGUCCCCCGCUGAGACAGAAUCUCUGCCUGAAACGAAAGUUUGGGGAAGCGUUGGUCUAAGGCUUGAGGAGGGCGUGAUCAGCACUCGGAGUGCAUCUCUCUCUGGUGUAUCACCUAGCCCUUACCAAAUCAAAGGUGUGACUCCAAACCAGAAUCGACUUUAGGUCUUACGUGAUUUUUUUCUGAAUCAGAUGGGAAUUUGGUGAAUUAGCUGAUAAUCGAUUCAGGGGGAAAGCCAGAUGUGUCCCCUGAAUGGACAAUGCAACGACUCUACUUCACGCUGGUUGAGUCGCAGUCACAAAACUCCCUCGGUCGUGCAGUGUUUAACCAGUAGAAAGAUAUGAUGGGUCUAUUUGCUGAACAGUUCGUUGCUUUCAGCUUCUAGGAAAAUAUAUCGUUAAAGGAAUUUGAUAUUGUAUUACCCGGUAGCUCAGUUCCCAAGUAAACUCAGACACAUUCUGUUCAUUUUGUCAAUGUCCAUUAGUUCAACAAUUUCAAAUAAAACCAA